GCAGCGUUUUAAAAAUGGUUAAGGUUUCAUUUCUAUUUAGAUUGUUUGUAAUGAAAUUAUAGUUUAUGUUAUUAGUUCUUAGACAAGCUGAACGUGACUAUUUGUUAAACUUUCUGCAGUGAUAAGAUUUUGAAAAUCGUCUAGAAAUAGCUUUAGAACCACUUGAAAAGGCAUCAGCUUUUAGGGCCCAUAAUUGGGUAUUCCCAGCCAAGUGUGCCUUUCCAAGCCGGCGAUAAGAUAUGGCCUGCAUACACACACACCCCAUUGAACUGUGGCGUGGUUCAUUUCGCAGACUCUGCAAUAAAAUACUUGGCUACCCCGGCAGCUGCAAACAUAUUCGCGCCACCGAUGCAGUCGAGCCGUAAUCUUAUCUGCUCCGUCGAGAGACUUCGACCGCCCACUCACCGGAUCGGGUUGGAUCCCAUGGGAUGACUGGCCCGAAAAGAGAGCCAACUGCGCUAUCAGCUGAAUGAGUGGCCAUAAAGGCACCAGAUUAGCUUUUGACGGUUACGUUUCAGUCGGGGAUUUCGGCUGGCGUAUGAUUGGGAGAAGCGUUUAGUAGCCCGCCAGCUGCCACGAAGCAAGCGACUUCCCAGAAAUGGCCAAUCUGCGUCCCCUGAGCGCCGAACUCCGCCGGAUUGCCGAAGCAGAGCUGAACGAGGUGGAGGAGCGGGUGCCCGCCGAUCUGCAGGCUCUGCGGGAUUGGCUCUCCAAGCAGCCGCAUCUGCGGGCCCGCCAGGAUGACCAGUUUCUGAUUGGCUUCCUGAGGGGCUGCAAGUUCAGCCUGGAGAAGACCAAGUCCAAGCUGGAUCACUUCUACACCAUCAAAACGUUGAUGCCAGAGCUCUUUGGCAGUCGGCAGGUGGACGAAAAGAACCUCACUUUGUGUCGAACGGGGACCUAUCUUCGACUGCCUAAACCCUGGGGACCCGAUGGCCCCCGCCUGCAGCUCACAAACUACGAGAAAUUCGACCCAAAGCAAUUCAAGCUGCUGGAUCUCUUCCGCUACCAAACCAUGAUAACAGAACAAUCCAUCCUCGAGGAUGAUAACAGCAACAUCAGUGGCUACGUCGAGAUCAUCGACAUGGCCAAGCUAAGUCUUAGUUUUCUGGCCCAACUCGACUUUACGCUCAUCAAAAAGAUGGGCAUAUUCGCGGAGAAGGCCCAACCCACUCGCCUGAAGGGAGUCCACCUGAUCAACUGUCCCAAGGAGGGAGUGGCUCUGUUGAAUCUGGCCAAGAGCCUCAUGCCCAGCAAGCUACAGCAGCGGUUUCACGUGUACAAGAAUCUGGAGCAAUUAAACGAGGUGAUACCACGCGAAUACCUUCCAGAGGAAUAUGGCGGCACUAACGGACGUAUAGCCGAAAUCCAGGCGGAGGCUGAGAAGAGUUUGCUGGCCUACAAGAACUACUUCGCAGAGGAUUCCAAGUACGGUGUGGAUGAGCAUCUGCGGCCUGGCAAGCGGGUCAGUGCCGAUUCCAUUUUCGGCGUAGAGGGAUCCUUCCGCAAACUCGACAUCGAUUAAAAUCCGAAAGUGUUCAAAUUAGUUGUUUAACGAGAGGAGGGAGAAAUGUUUCAAUUAAAAGCAAAUGCAAUCCUCAAA